UAGAAUGGAGGGUGCUUAGUUUUUUUGGCUUACAUUUUAAUUUUUUAAUGUAUUAUUUAACACAAUGAUACAAACAAACCUGUAAACUGUGUCUGGGAUACAGACAAAGUUCAAGACUCAGAAGAACGUAGUCAUUAAAAUUGUGGACUCCAUCACGCCAUUCCUGGUAUCUGUAGCUCACAUGGCAUCCUGGGCAUCUUCGUGUAGAAGUUGAAACCGCUACAAAAUGGCAAAUAUUAAAGAACAGGUGUGUUCAGUGGUUACAGAGGAGGAGCUUACACAAGCACUGAAAGAAGGGGAGGAGCUUGUUUCCCCUCCAGGCCCCGCCCCCACCAGCUCAACCAAUGGCCUGACAGAAGCGGACUCUGAGACGGAUCCUCUGAACUACAGCAUGGAGGAAACCAACAAGAUUCGAGCUCAGCUGGGAAUGAAGCUGCUGCCCAGAGACAAGUUUCCAUCGCUGUCAUCCCCGCGAGAGACCGGAGACGCGCCGAGGAGGAAGAGUCACACGCUGGAGGCCGUUCUCCUGCUGCUGAAGGAUCUGGACGUCGAGGAGCUAAAAAUCAUUCAGUCGGUCACCGAGAGCAAACUCAGAUCACGCAGUCGACGGAGAGAGCGAGAGAAAUCUCCCAUCUGCUCGUGAACAUCAGCGGAAAACACUGACGACACGCUUAAACCAGCAGCCAGCGCUCCGUCUCAGAUAUUAACAUUAACACACAUCACCGCGGUCCUCAGAUCAGGACAAAACCAGUGAAUCUGUCACGUUCACAUCUAAACGCCUCACUCGUGAUCGUUACCAAGUUGCCUUUCCCUGUUCAAAUUAAGACGUUCUCCUGUUUCGGAGGAAGUGUUUUGCUUUGUAAUGAUCUCAAUGAAGUGCGACGAUGUUCUGUUGGGUUCAGAUAAUAUAUAAGAAUGUAUUUUUCUAUGUAAAUAAACUCAGAUGCAUAAGAAUA